AUAUCUUUCUGAUCCAUAUAACGUUCUUGGUCCGCCAUCUGAUCGGGUUAAUCCCAUCAUUGGUGUUUCCAUUGAGAGAAACUGUGAGAUAAGGCUGUGAGAUUAUGGCCGGACGAAGGACGAGACGUAACGCCGCAGCUUCCGCCCAGUCGACGGUGAGGAGUGACAACCCUGAACAGGGUAUGAUCGUCCCUGUCAAUGGGUUGGAAACGGCGUUGAAUAAUGUGGCUAACAUGAUGGCCAACAUUAUGGAACGAUUGGAUAAGGCUCUCCCUGGUCCAUCCGGUACCCGGGACGUCCCUGCCGGGCAACCCCGCCAGGUCCUGCGUACUGCAAGUUCUCCUAUCCUCCAGGAGCUUCAUGAUCCGGAGGAGGUUGAGAGGGAGAGACAGGCCGUCGCUAGACGCCAGGUGGAGGAGUUGGCCCGGAAUACUAAGGCCAGCCAGGUGGCAUCUUCUAACCGUGAACCCCGGGAGCGGACCGGCCGCGGUGGCAGCCAAGCGCCGGUGCGGUCAUUGGUGGUUCUGGACGAGGACGAGGUUCAGAGCCAAGUCAGGGUCCCAGCACCGCAACGUCUGGGGCCGCCGAUACCGGAAGCAGGCGAAUUCCAGGAUCUGAGGCAGCAGAUCCAGGAGAUGCAGAGGAAGAUAAACAGGGGACGAGUAUUCACUACUUGGACAAAUACUGCCUUAGCCCCGGAGAUCUUUGCGGAACCAUACCCACAGGGAUUCAAGAUGCCGUUCGUUAGGCGUUACGAUGGGGAAUCAGAUCCCCAAAAACACAUAAACAGUUAUGUCCAGGUGAUGAUUGUCGUUGAUGCCAGCGACGCAUUGAUGUGCCGGUGCUUCUUGCAAAUAGUAGAUAGCAAGAGAAAAGAGUCCAGGGAGGUUGAAGGAACCGACGACAAAUCCAUGUUAGCCAUGUUCACGGCGGCAUUGCAGGACGGUCUCCUUCAUACCGAUCUUACAACUCAUCCCCCGGAUACCUUCGAAGAAGCAAUGGUCCGGGCCGGGAGGUAUGUGACCCUGGAGGAGAGAAAGGAGGAGAAGAAAGAAAAGACUCCCAAAGAAGAAGAGAAGGCAAGAAAUAAGAAGCCGUUCAAGAACAAGAAGCAGAGUUUCCCGGAUGGCCCAAAGGGCACAAGCCCUGGGAUCUCGGAGAAGCACAAAUCUGCCAAUCCAAAGGUCUGCAAUGUGGAGGACACUGGGAAAUGGUGUGCUUACCAUCGCAAGAAUGAUCACAACACAGAGGAUUGUUAUACCCUGAAGAAUGAGAUGGCGAGGCUAAUCCGCCGGGGUCAUCUGAAGAAGUUCGUACAAGAUGGCGAUGCAAGAAAUCCCGGGAAUACUCAGAAUGGAAAGCGUAGAGAUAAGGAGGUGGCCCAGGCUGAGACCCAGGAAAAACGUCACAUCGGGCUUGAAGAUGAAGAGGAGGAUUCAGAACCCGCACCGCACCGUCAGAAGAGACACCACGUGUGUAACUUCAUCAUUGGAGGGAAUACUGGCGGAGAUUCAGCCACGAGCCGGAAGAAGUGGGCCAACGCGGCAAUGGUCAACAAGGUGCUGGUCCCGGAAGGUAAGAAGCUGAAAACUGAGCCAAUUGUAUUUUCCAAUGCUGAUUUGCCCGAAACAUGGGUCCCCCAUAGGGACGCCCUGGUGAUUAUGAUUGAUAUAAUGGACUUGCUGAUCCACAAGACUUUGGUGGAUACGGGAAGUUCUGUUAAUAUCAUGUAUAUGGAUACUUACAAGGCUCUUGGUUUGACGAGAGAUGCAUUAUCACCCAUUAAGACUCCACUGACCGGGUUCACUGGUGACUCUAUUGAGCCGGAGGGGGUAAUAACUCUCCCGGUCGAGAUAGAGGAUACUAAGGCCACCCGGAAGCUGGACAUGGAAUUCGUAGUGGUGGGGAUAAUCUCCAAUACAAAUAUCAUCCUGGGCCGCCCCAGAUUGGAGGAUCUAGAGUGUGUCAUUUCACCUCACUGUGCCAUCAGUACUGUGAUGGUGAGGGACGAGAAUGGGGUCCAACAUCCGGUCUACUACGUCAGCAAAACCUUGAGAGAUGCGGAGUUAAGGCCGCGCCCAUCAAUCAAAGGGCAAGCACUCACUGAUUUCCAAGUCGAGUGCACUGCCAGGGAGAUGACAAGGGCACAGGCUGAUAUCCGGGUAGAGGACAACUGGUGGGUAAUGAGCAUCGAUGGAUCUUUAGGGUCUCGAUCCUGUGGAGCAGGUAUUGUUUUGAUUACUAUGGAAAAUUUCCAGAUAUAUUAUGCUAUCAGAUUUCAGUUCCGCGUAUCCAACAAUGAGGCUAAAUACGAGGCCCUGAUCAACGGACUGAGGAUUCUUGGUAAGUUGGGAGUGUCCAGGGUUCAAGUAUACAGCGACUCCCGACUGGUGGUGGGACAAAUCACUAGGGAGUUUGAAGCAAAGGAAGAGAGGAUGAAGAGGUAUCGAGACUUGUCCUUGGAGAUAUUGGGAAGGUUUGAGUUUAAGCUUGAACAUAUACCCCGGGCCCAGAACGCGGAAGCUGAUGUUCUAUCCAAACUUAGCGCAGAAUCACUAGAGUACAUAAGCAAAUUAGCAACUGUCGAGGAGAUGGCAACCCCGAGUCUUAACAGAGAUGAAAUGUUCUGGGUAUCAGCUGAUCCUCCUGAAUGGUUGGACAGGUUGGCUAAAUACAUUGAGGACGGCGUAGCCCCAGAGGAUCCCCAAGAAGCGCGUUUGCUGCGGAUGAGGGUGCCCACCUACAAGAUACAUGAUGGGGUCCUCUAUAAGCGAUCUUAUAACGGUGUUUUACUCUGCUGCCUCAGGGCAGCGGAGGCAAAGGCGUAUGUGCUGCACAUCAGGGUCCAUACUCUAUUUCCAGAAGGGCGAUUAUCCAGGGAUAUUUUUGGCCAACGAUGAGGAAGGAUUGCGAAGAGUAUGUGCGCAAGUGCCCAACCUGCCAACAAUUCCAGAAUAUGCCCGGGAGGCCAGCCAUGAACUAUACGCCCAUCAGCUCUGUGAUUCCCUUCUCAAGAUGGGGGAUUGAUAUUGUGGGUGCCCUGCCAAAAGGGGUUGGGCAGGCAAGAUGGAUUGUGGUGGCCAUAGACUAUUUUACCAAGUGGGUGGAAGCUGAGCCACUUGUCGGGAUAACUGGGAGGCAGAUGAUUGACUUCGUCGGAACUAAUAUACUUUGUAGGAUCGG